AUGGAGCGGCGACCAGCAUCGAAGAAGCAGAAAACGCGCCGCGGCGCAGAAAUCACACCCGAAAAUGCUGCUCAAGUGUUGUCAGCAGCUGAACACGAACUGACGCGGUAUGAUAAGCAAUCAGCACCAGUGAGUACCAGCUGCGAGAUGGGUGUUAUUGAAGAAAUCUACUGUGAAAACUUCAUGUGCCACCGCAAGCUGCGGGUGACACUGAGUCCUCAUAUUAAUUUCAUUACUGGUGAGAAUGGCAGCGGCAAGAGCGCCAUUAUUGCAGCCAUUCAGAUUUGCUUUGGUGCUACAGCACGCACGACGCACCGCGGCAAGAAUAUCAAGGCAUUCAUUGGACACGAGUUUGACGGCAACGCUUUGGUUAGUGUCAAGCUACGCAACGACAACAGUGAUGUCUUUCAUCCUGACAAAUACGGCAAGAAUAUCAUCGUGGAGAGAUUGAUUCGCAGAGACGGAUCGGCUGAGUACAGACUUAAGAACGAGCAAGGACACGUGGUGUCCAAGCUCAAGAGCGAAUUGGACACGAUGAUGGACCGCCUGAACAUCCAGACGGACAACCCGUGCGCAGUGAUGGACCAAGAGAACGCCAAGUUGUUUUUGAAGGGCAAGUCGGAGGACAAGUACAAGUUCUUCCUGCAGUCCACGGACCUGGCUAAGAUGAGAACGACGUACACGCAUAUCGACGAGACGACUCGAAUGAUCAUUGAGUCGGCACUGAAGUCCGAAGUGGCCAAGAUCGCGACGCUCAGGGAUGCCAAGAACAAGACCAAGAAGCAAUGGCAGGAGUCACAAAGUAUUGGAAAGCUGGAAAAAGAGCUGGAACUGCUGAAAACUGAGCUGGAAUGGUCUUUCGUGGACCAGAAAGAGACGAUCACUGCAAAUGUGCAAAAGAAGCUGAAGCAAAAGGAGUGCGAUGCUACCAGUGCUAGUGAAAAGCUAUCGAAGGCAACGAACGAAGCACAACAACUGGAGCAAGACCAAAAUGAUGCAAACGCAAAGCUCGAAGAGGCUAGUAUGCGAAUGGAUAAAAAUCAUCGACAGAAGAUGCGUGUUAAAAGUAAAAUCCGAGAAGCACGUCGUCCGAUACAACAGUACAAAGCUGAACUUAGUCAAGUGACGCGGUCCAAAGAGCGCACGAAGCAGCAGCUUACACGGCUACACCACGAUCUGCAGCAGAAACGGGAUAGACAUGCAGCUAAGCUUCAUAGACUUAAUGAGGGGAACAAGGACUUACGAGAUCGAGUUGGCAAGAAGCAACAGGAAGUAGCGCAGACAGAGAGCGAUCUCCAUGACACUGAGGCCGAUGCUGAUGCGCACAGACACACGCUUAGAGACCUCGAAGAUCGACAGGAUGACUGUAAAACCCAGCUCCGGCAACUUUACCAGGAGGCUGAAACGACGAAAAAGCGUUUAAAUUCUCUCAAACAGCAAAAGCAAAACCGAGUUGCAGCUUUCGGGCGGAAUAUCGCACACCUGCAACAACUGAUACAGACAAAUCUGCACCAGUUUACAGCGCCGCCCAUUGGACCUUUAGGAAUGUAUAUCACGCUGCCCGACGACUUUAUGCGGUUUGAGAGGGCUAUUGAGGUAGCAACUGGAUCUGUAUUGAGGACUUUUCUCGUGGUUAAUGGUCAAGACAAGGCACUAUUAGACAAACUCAGACGUCAGGCCCAUUGCAGUUCUACUGAGGCCAAUAUGAUCAUCUCAGCGCGAACUGGAUACCGCUACAACAAUUUGGAGCUGCCAAGUGGUGAUCUCGCUGCUCAUGCGAUAUGCAACAUUCUACAAGUGAAUAACGAUGAAGUUUUUAAUGCUCUUGUUGAUACCUGUAGCUUGGAAAGCAAAUUACUAUUUGAUGAUCGUGAAGUGGCUGAACGUCGUGUUCUGACCGGCUCAAGUGGAAGCUUCAGAAUGGCACGCUUUGUGUCUGAAGUGUACCUACCUUCGGGUGACAAAUUUGUAGUUCGCUCGGGCAACUUGGCGUACAUUGCGAACAAAAGACAACUGUAUGGUUAUAUUGUUCGCCAGAAUGUCGACAGAGGCAUAGUGGAGAUGAAGAAUAAGCUGGACUGCCUGGAAAAGGAGGUGGAUGAACUGCGUCGUGACGAAUCUUUGCUGAGUCAUGACAAGAACGAGUUGGGCAACGAUAUCAAGCAGCAAAGUGAUCGAGUUAACUUCUUAUCACGGCGAUUAAACCAGCAACGCAUGGAGCUACGUUGCUUGAAUGACGAGAUUGAUGAUAUUUUGCAGGACCACACGUUGGACACGUCAGUGUUGGAGAGCGAGUGCAAGUCUACGGAGGACGAGUUGGAAGACUUCCAGCGGCGCGAGCAGGACCUGAACAAGGCCAUAACACCGGAUCGAAAGUUACAUGACUCUUUAGAUGCGCUGAAAAAGCUUGAUUCAGUGGAGAAGAUGAUAGCUGUUGAGAUGAGCGAGUGCCAGUCCGAUGUAGAUGCCGUUUACAAGCGCCUACGUGAAGCGAAAGUGGAAGAGAUAACCGAGCAAAGAGAGCUUGAAGCAGCUCGUUCGACUGUAGAGAAUCUAGAGCAGCAGUUGAUCUCGGUUCGCGACGAAUGUGACGGGCAAACUCAGAUUGCGUUGAAAUUAGGGAGAAGACCGGAUGAAGUGAAUGUUCCUGCACAAUGCAACAGGCGAGUUAAGACAGUGGAGCGUCAACUGGCACGAGUGAGGGACAAGUUGGAAGGUUGGAGUUUGAGUGAGCUGAAGGCCGAAAUGGAGGCGCAAAGGGCGAAGUACAGGGCCAAGAAAGCCAACUUUGACAAGAUACGGGGCAAUCUGCAGCGUAUCCGCUCCAUGUUAAACGAACGUGUAGACAAUUGGACACGAUUCCGCAAGGCAAUCUCGCAGCAUACGUCAAGGGAGUUUGAAAAGUUCAUGUUGCUGAGCAACUUUGCUGGUAAGUGCGCUUCCUACACCGCGAUCAUCGCUUGGAGAUCGUUGUCCGUCGGAACGAGUCAGGAGCGACCAGCUCGUCACAGAUGA